UUACUCUGGUAACAGCGGAGGUGCCGGUCUGGGCGUCCGUCCUCCCUCAGACUUCACGCAGGCCGCUGCUGCUGCCGUUGCCGCCGCCGCUGCCACAGCAACUGCAACUGCCACGGCAACUGUUGCAGCAAUACAGGAGAAACAGAACCAGGAGCUCAACUAUGGCCAGAUGGGUGGAGCGUCCUCCUACAGCACCCAGUUCCUGUCUCACGCGGGCCCCCGCGGCCCUCCGGGGAUGGUGUCCUCCAGGCCCGGACCCCCGCCCUCCGGCGGAGGCCUGUAUCCGUCUCACCCGGCCCAGACGCAGAAGCUGCCGCAGCAUGGAGGCUACCCGGCUCCACAGCAGGGGCUCAAACGGCCUUUUCAUUCAGAGGGUUUCCCGGUGCAGCAGUACGGCUCUGCCGGGAUGUCGGGGUACCCCUCCCAGCCUCUGCAGUACCCCUCAGGUCCGCAGCAGCGCUGUGCCCCCUCCCCCUCCUACCCCUCCAGCCGGAUGCCUCUAAUGGGACAGUACACGUCCGGAUCACACAACCCGGGACAGUUUCCUCCGGGAGCCGGACAGCCCAAUCCUCCUCAGUACUACAAGUCGGAGCCGUUUAACGGUCAGGGCAACCUGCCGUCUGGAGGAACGGGAGGAUACAACGCCUUCACGCAGGCCGCAGUCAACGGG